AUGUAUAAUACAUUCUGUAGACAAAGCCGUUCUAUUGCUAACAUAAAUUUUUCACACUAUAUUCCCCAGAACACACAUAAUAGCAAUACUUUGGGUGUGCUAAGUGUCUGUCCAAAUGCAAUAAAUUGGAAUGAAUCUUCUAACAACCCAGAGUGUUACUUAAAUGCUAACCAUAGCAAUUUGCAACCUCAUCAGGUUCAUGCACAUUUACCAACACCUAUAUCAUCUAAAACAAAAAAAGAAGAAUUCUUUACAUUGCAAACUGAAACAUCACUUGAAGGUGAUCAUGAUAUGAAAAUAAGCAAAGACGUUGUUGAAGAUGACUUACAUGACAUGCUGGAAACUAAUAAUUUUAAUAUCACAGCUUUGCAAACAUUGUUUAAGAUUGACAAAAUAACCAAAGUUUGGUUUCUUGUGCUUGAUGAGGAUGUGUUUUUAAAGAAAUUAAACUUUAUAAAGGAAAUUCGAAAUGCAGACAAUAGGUGUCGUUUGGUCGUCCCGGAAUGUGUUUUGAAUCGUAUUCAAAAGGGAACAACAUCUGUUAACAAGAUACAUAUGAAGAGAGCAUUACAAGCAGCCAUAUUUAUUUCUAAUGUCUUAACGGAAAACUGUGCCAUUGUUGAUAAAGAAAAUCGUCAUGAUGAUCAUACACAAAAUAUCGUUGCAUGUUAUAGAAAAUACAGCCAAAAGGACUACAAAGUUGUUUUGUUAACAGAAAAUAAUAUCAAUCAAAAUAUAAACGUAACAAGUCCCAUAUUUCGGAUGGAAGAAGUUGAAUAUUUCAUGAUAUAUGGGGAAUUAAAGGAGACGUCACCUCGAAAAGUAUUUAACUCAACAAUUAAGGUCACAAUUCCAAAUAAUCCAAGAAAGAGUUUCUCCAGUAAAACUAAAGUAGGGAUAAGAGAUCCACAAAUCAAAAGAUAUAUAGAACAAGAAGAGCAUAAUGUAUCUGAUUCAAAAUCAAUACAGAGAGAAGAGUCAGAAAUGAAAGAUGUUGAGAAAAACGUUAUGUUUGAAGUUACAAGUGAACUGAUGAAAGGGAACCUAGUAUCCAAGUCAGAAGAGUGGAUUUCGCGAUUCACACAAAUACUGGAAGAAGCUCUUAAUCAGGUUCUACAAGAGGCAGCUUUUCAGACAACACCUCCACCUUGGACGAUGUAUGAGGCUUGUGAGUGUAUUAAACGGGGAUUUAAAAAUGACGCUGAUAUUGUUGAUGCGGCAAAUAAGUUGGGGGAUAUUAUAUUUGAUAAUGGAGCUUUGAGAGGUAAAAUUAACCACAACAUAAAUCCAUCUACAUUUAUGAAAAUCUAUAGUUACGGCGUUUACCUCGUUGAUACGUUACAGGACGUUUUCGAAGAUGACGAAAAUCUACAGGCAGCUGAGAAAUUAUUAGCCAAGUUACUACUCGAUAUUGAGACGCCGGAUUUCAAUAACUCGUUUAAUGAAAUCGAUGCAAUAAAUGAGCAUAGCGAUGAAGUUUGUUUUUCAGCUUCGCCACAAAAAACAUCCCAAAAUCAUCCGACAUCAUCCAGAAUCACCCGUUCAAUGGCUAGAAAUAUUAUGACAUCAGUCCAGGAACGAGCCCAUCACUCUAAAGAUAAACUUCUUCAGUUUUUGCCGGGAAAAGAAAACUUUUUAUCAAAUUUUGAACUUAAAAAUGCGGACAAGGAUGAAACUAAUGAACCAGAAAAUAUAGAUAAAACAGAUUGUGUUAAUACUAAAACAGAUGAACCACCGAAAAUUAUAAGAAACUUUAUAAGAAUCUCUAAUAUUGAAGAUAAAUUGGAUCCAAAUGGAUCUGUUGAUCUAGAUAAUCUAGAUUUUAUUUUAGAUGGUGCUGAAGUGCCAGAAAAGAAAACUUACACUCAUAUUGAUUUCAUAGAACAAACUAAGGCUAAAUUACGCUACGUUUUUAAAUUUUGCCAAGAUACAAGACAAAGGCUGUUAAAUCCAGAAAAACUCGAUAAAAAGGAUGUAAAUUGUCAAGCCAAAAAAUUUGCAGAACUUAUACGUUUUUGCCGUCUUCAAUUAGCAGGGAUAUACGAAAGAAGAAAAGAUAUUUAUUUAAAUGUUCUUAACUUUAAUGAGGCUGAAUAUAAUUAUAAUAAGGAAUUUGUUAAGCACUGUUUGGAUGAAUGCGCAAUUCUUAAUACGGCCCUAUCGAUUAUAAUAACAGAAACAGGCUCAACUCUCCAAUAG